AUGAUGGCGGUGCGUGAACGCGCAGUUAAAGUAAUGGCUGCUCUGGAACGGCGGGUGCCUUGUCUCGAUGAUUUCGUGGGCCAAAGCUGGAGCGACUGGACGGAACGGGCCAACCCGACAGCAUCGGGGGGCUGUGAUGCAGAUGAAUACAGCAAGAAUGGCAAGAAAGCGGCGGAAACCAUGACAUUGCGGAAGGAGGACAUGUCCAUCUUCGGUCACUUUCCCGGACACGAUGAUUUCUACCUGGUCGUGUGUGGCCACUGCAGUCAGGUGGUGAAGCCUCAAGCGUUCGAGAAGCAUUGCGAGAGGAGACACGGCCCUCUGGGUAAGCACUAUGCACACCUGCGCUCCACCCCACCUCCACCUCAGCAGCCGAAACCCCGCCACGGUCACACUCCGCCCUCCCACGGAACCUCUUCCUGGAGUGGGAGGAACCAGAAUGUCGGGCCCCCGCGGGCGUCGCCGCAGUCUCCCUCCACGCCGCCGCAGUUCAGACACUCAAAGCCUCCCAAAGAUGGAGUUUGGCACUCUUCUUUGGAAAAGACCACCAACUCGGGUCAUUCAGAAUCGUCAGUUUUUAAGCCGCCUCCACCCAUUGAACCCCCACGGACCUCCCCUUCCCCCACUCACAGAGACCCCCCAUGGCCACACGAAGGACGUUCGCCCAGUCGGCCACCUUCGUCUGAAAGACCCCAGUCCCAGAAAGGGGAGGCAACCUCUGCCUCCAACAUCUCUGGGCACCCCCGUGGACCACGGACAUACAAGAUCCCCAAAAAAUGUGACCUUGACAGGCACUGUGGUGUGAUGGACCCCGAGAGAAAAAAAGUGUGUACUCGACUUCUGACCUGCAAUAUUCAUUCCAUCCAUCAGCGGAGAAAGGUCCAGGGCAGGAGUAAAAACUUCGACCAGCUGGUGGCAGAGCUCAAGAUGAGUUCUAAGGCUCGUGAACGAGUUUCUCGCCCCGAGGGUUCAUCUGCUCAGUCCCCAAGCCCAGAACCUCCCAGAGAUACACCCGCACCGCCUCUAUGCCGGAGACCUCUUACAAAUAGCCCCGCGUUCAGAAUGCAGAUAGUAUCGGACAGUAUAGAGGACGAGAAUCCCCAUCUUGAUGAUGAGAGCGCAUGGCCUCACUCUCCUCUCGCCCAGGCCCACAUCUCAGGUGAGGAGAGUGAAGCAGAGGCAAACGACGACCUGGCAGACUGGCACUCGACUCCAUGGCAUCCCAAACCAGCAGCGCUUUGUUCGUUUGGGAGUCAUUCUUUGGGCCACGGCAUCUUCACAUUUGAUCGACGGCUGCAUCAUCUACGGUCCGCCAUGAGUGUCAUGGUAGAGAACCACCUCAGUGCCCAUCUCUGGAGAAAAAUACCUCAAGCGUCCGAUUCUCAGUCCCAGAGUCCCCCAGCCAAGCCUGCCGCUGUUCCUGCCUCUCCUUCCUCCAUUUCCCAGCAUUCCAAACCGAAGACAGGAAGUCACAACCCCACCUCUCUCAAGACUUCUUUCUACUCCUCCCACGGACCAGGCAAGGAGCCAAACCCGCAGAGUUCCUCCACCAGCAAGUCAUACAGUCAAUCAGAGAACUCUGGGGGUGGCCAAUCGACCGCUUCCCCCUCCAGUAAACACGGUCGGGCUCCGACUCAGUCAGGCCCCGGGCGGCCCAAAAACCCAGUCGGUCGACCAUCCAAGCCGCAACCGCGUCUCAGGGAAGCAGAGCGGACGUCUUCUGCGGACGCCGCUGCACUGCGAAAACGCAAAGCCUCUUUCGACGAGUCGGACGCCGUCAGCCCGGACAAAAACUGCGUGGCACAGGGCAAGGGGCGGCCUCUCGUUUGCAAAACGCCACCGACGGCCUCUCACAGACAUACCAAUGGCUCGCUUUCGCCAGGAAGCAAGCCACGGCAACAUCUCACUCCCUCAGACCCCCAGGUGUCGCCCUCGUGGACGUUCAAAAAGACUUACCCUCCGGCCCAUCACUCACCCCCAGACGCUGCCCCGCACAGCCGAGGAGUGGACUCAGGACUGCACAGCAGGAUGGCCAGCUAUGACCACAAGGGUUUGGGGAAAAAACGCAAAGACAGCGGCUCGUCUCCUCCUUCCAAACCCCACCGGCUGCCCACCUCGCCUCAUUCUGGCUUCUAUCCCUGGAAAGAAAGCAAGGGGUCGGGGCUCUCUGUCGGGGGGGAGAAGAAACUCAGCACACAAAAGCCAAAAUUGCACCACUGAGAGUGCCAGCCUUACAAGCCACUAAAAGAGAGAGAGAGAGAGAGAGCCCUAUGAACACAUAUAGGACUGAACGCAGGACUCCUGAUGUUUGAAUCGUGUAUUUGUGAGCGUGCAUGUUUAGCUACUAUGAAUGUAUGUGUGUGUGGAUGUGUAUGAAAUAAGAUGAGGGAGCGAAUUUCUCUGUGAAUUCAGAAAAUACCUCAGAUUCUACUGAAUAAUGCUGCUACGUAAAUGUUGUUUAUAAAAUGGAUUAAAAUAUUCUUUAUACUCGG